CUGUGGCUAAAUUCUCUAUCUGGUCACAAUGCUUAGUAAUGUAAAAUGUUUCCGUUAGUGAAUGUCCUUAUUUCUUGCGUCCUUGCCUGCUAUCAUAGCUAGUUAGCUAACUAGUUGCUAAUUAGCUAGCUAACGAUUGAUGAUGUGUAACAUAGACAGAGCGAAAGAGGCGAAGGGAGAGCCCAACUCGGCCAAAAAUGUGUCUUCCCCAGCAGGGGGACAUGUUUCGUUUUUUUUCGCUUCCAAGCGAUGAGUUUUUGUCUGGAGGAACCAUCUUUGUACACUGUGAAAGCAGUCCUCAUUCUGGAUAAUGAUGGAGAGAGGCUUUAUGCAAAAUAUUAUGAUGGCACCUACCCUUCAGUGAAGGAACAGAAAGCUUUCGAGAAGAACAUCUUCAGCAAGACACACAGGACUGACAGUGAGAUCGCUCUGCUAGAGGGCCUCACAGUCGUCUACAAGAGCAACAUUGAUCUCUUCUUCUAUGUCAUUGGAAGCUCGCAUGAAAAUGAGUUGAUGCUAAUGGCUGUUCUGAACUGUCUGUUUGACUCACUUAGCCAAAUGUUGAGGAAGAAUGUUGAGAGGAGAGCUCUACUUGAGAACAUGGAAGGUCUCUUUCUAGCUGUGGAUGAAAUUGUGGAUGGAGGAGUGAUUCUGGAGAGUGAUCCUCAGCAAGUGGUCCACCGCGUAGCUCUAAGGGGGGAAGAUGUGCCUUACUCAGAGCAGACUGUCACCCAGGUGCUGCAGUCUGCCAAGGAACAGAUCAAAUGGUCUCUGCUACGAUAGAACCUGUCGACUCCCCUCAUCUAACACUGUACCGCCAUUACCCAUGGCUCCCUCUCUCUGAUGUCAUCUCUUCCCCUGUGCUCGUUACUCACCAUUCCUCCAAUCAGGACUGAUGAGCGGAUGAUCGCUCAGCCAAUCAGACACUGCCAGGGCAAGGGAUAUCUGAGUUUUGUCUGUCUGAAUCAAUCAUUUCUAUCAUGUGUGUGUCUUUACUGUGAAGGUGUAUUCUUCUGAUAUCUAGUUCUAACGCUAGCUAUGAGAGAGAUUGGAUGCUAGCGUGUCCAUACAUUCCAGUGGUUUGAUUUGCGUUUUCUUCCACAGUCCCUUACCACUUCCGUUGACCGCUUCAUGCCCCUCAUCUCUGAUAACAUUACAUGGGUUUAGUACAGACCAUAGAAAUGACUCCUUUCAAAUUCUAUGGUCCAGACAUAUGGUCCGAUCAGGCAACAUCGUUGUUAGGCGCUAUGUGCUCUUCGGAAAUACUUUAUGAACUCGGUCAUUUAAAUCUUUUGAAUAAAAAACAUUUCUAGACACUGA